AUGGCGGGGAAACGAUCAAAGGAAGCUACCAAUGACCUCGACGAACUAUUUGAAGGGAUCGGCGACGAGAAAACAGUGAAUAAGUCCGGAGGCAAAUCCAAAUCCGCUGUCUCCAAAACUCGAGGCGACAAGCCUAAGAAAGAUAUUCUUGCCGAACUAGAGGAUGAGCUUGAAGGCGAAGAGGUUGCCCGACCCCAUACGCCCCGCGUUAAAGAGCCAUCCUCAUCCAAGGCAGCCGCCAAGCGAAACAGCACAGCAACGCCUCCGCCCGGCGCCGGUCGAGUUUCGGAAGACAAAUCAGCCAACCUCGUACGCAAAUCCGUCGACAGCACCCGUUCUCUCCACACAAGUUUCACCCCGAGCGCUACUAGCUCCGAGCUUCAGGAUGCCGAGAAGAAGGGAACAGUUGAGGAGACUUCCGCGCAGGCUGGAGGUGGAUGGUGGGGUGGGUUGUUUGCUACGGCGAGUGCUACAGCAAAUGCGGCCAUGAAGCAAGCUGAGGCCGCCUACAAAGAAAUUCAACAAAAUGAAGAGGCCAAGAAAUGGGCCGACCAAGUAAAGGGAAAUGUCGGGGCUUUGAAAGGUCUAGGCGACGGCAUCCGCCACCGAGCCCUACCGACUUUCGCUAACAUCCUGCAUACGCUUGCUCCGCCUAUCUCUUCGCACGAACGACUUCUCAUCCAUAUUACCCACGACAUCGUCGGCUAUCCUUCUCUUGACCCCCUCAUCUACGGUGUCUUUAGUCGGGUUAUGUCCCAGGUCGAAGGGGGGGAUCUUCUCGUUAUUCAACGAGGCCACGAAAACACUGCGCGACGCUCUUCCGACGCCUUCUACAAAGGAGCUUCGAGCUCAGCGGGUUGGCGCGACGGCCCCUGGUGGAGACAGGUUGACCUGCCUCGCGAUCUCGGGGCUGUGAAAGGACUAGUGGAAGGGACGAAACUCUGCCGCGUCAGCGCAGAGAGCUACGCCCACGAUUACUUCGCAGGCAGCGGCGGUGUCGUGGAAGCGCAAAAGCGCGCCCUAGAGCCCGUGAGCGAGGAAAACCCCGUGCGAACGAGCGACAUCUUCCUGGCCGUCCAGCCCAUCACCGUAGACGCGGACCCGGCGCUCUUCGCGGGCAGCACCGCCGGUGAGGCUGAGAAGGAAACCAGCGCCGUAGCCGACGACGGCGCCACCGAGGCGCACGUGUGCUUCGCCGUCUACGUCCUCGAUCCCAUCCACGAAAUCAUCUACAGCACCAUCAGCCAGCACAUCCCCGCCAAGUGGAUCCGCUGGCUCGACGCGCCCACGCCCCUCACUCCCGCUAGCGGCGAGAGCGCGAGCGAGGGACCCGAUGUUUCUUCGUCCUUCACCGUGCCCGACGAGAUCCGCGAGAUCGUCGAGAACGGCGGCGUGGAUCCCCGCGAAUGGGUCGCCGAGUGGGUCGAGGAAACGCUUAGCUUGAGUAUUGGCGUUGUGGCGCAGCGGUAUGUUGCGAGGAGGAUGGGUGUGGGCGAGGGGGGGCUGGGCAAGGGGAAGCAGAGGAUGGAGGCGCUGAUACAGGAGGGUGCUGGUGAGGCGGCGAGGGCGGGGGUUAUUUGA